AUGUCUAGCGAACCUCUCCCGUCAUCUUUGGAUGAUAAUCCUCAAUUCCAAGAAGAAACUUCACUUCAGAAGUUCCGCAGACGACUCAAAGAAGAACCUUUGAUUCCACUAGGAUGUGCCGCCACCUGUUAUGCCCUGUACCGAGCCUACCGGUCCAUGAAGGCCGGCGAUUCGGCUGAGAUGAACAAGAUGUUUCGGGCCCGUAUCUACGCCCAGUUUUUCACGCUUAUUGCCGUGGUUGCAGGAGGCAUGUAUUACAAGACGGAAAGACAGCAGCGGCGAGAGUUCGAUCAAAUGGUGGAGGAGCGCAAGAGUCAAGAGAAGCGGGAUGCAUGGCUGCGUGAGCUGGAGAUUCGUGAUAAAGAGGAUCAGGGCUGGCGGGAGCGUCAUGCUACCAUCGAGGCGGCGGCCAAAGAGGUAGGCAAGAUGCCUGCUGCAAAAUCGAUGCCAGAGCAGGAUGCUGCUCGGUCGGUGGUUGAGUCCUCGGAUCGGAAGUCGAUCGGAGUGUUGGAUGCCGUCAAGGAGUUGAUGUCGCGGCAAAAAUAA